AUGAGGGUAGCAGUCGGCCAAUACCUUUUCUUCCUAUUCUUUUUAGUUGUUCAGCACUGGGAGGCGGGAUUUUCGUCUGCAACAGAGAAUGUGGCCGCGCCCGUAUCUUCUCCGAAGGUCUCUGCUGGUGCCCAAUCUCCACGGGCAGCGGAUGCGCCACAGCAGCCUUUCGCCGCUGCUCCAACAAAACCCGAACAAAAUGAACGCAGCACAGCAGCCGCUGUAGAGAAGGUGGCGACACCGGCUGUCUCAAGGAAGCCAAAGGCUGCUGCUGCCCUAUACGGCCUCCUCACGCUUCUUUUCUUGGGCCUCUCUCUGUACUCCGUUAGUUGGGAGGAAGAAUUAGAAGAAAGCGACGACGACGAAGGCGAAGGGGAUGGCGCUGAGUAUCGAUCCAUAUCAAAGAGGAGUGUAUCCUACGAAGAGGCGCGUCCUGAGUACCCCUGCAAGCGCACCUAUGCGUCUCUGCUUCCUAUUCUCUCAUCUAUAUACAUUUAA